AUGAUACACUGCUACGCGCCGCUGCAGGGCGUGAGCGCGGGCGCGUGGGCGCGCGUCGCGAGCGCGCCGCCGCCGCUCACGCUGCGCGCGCAGCAACGCAGCCUCGACACCGAGCUGCUGUGUAACGAGUACCUACACUUAUUAGCACACGGGGCAGGCUACGCGCCGCUGCAGGGCGUGAGCGCGGGCGCGUGGGCGCGCGUCGCGAGCGCGCCGCCGCCGCUCACGCUGCGCGCGCAGCAACGCAGCCUCGACACCGAGCUGCUGUGUAACGAGUACCUACACUUAUUAGCACACGGGGCAGGCUACGCGCCGCUGCAGGGCGUGAGCGCGGGCGCGUGGGCGCGCGUCGCGAGCGCGCCGCCGCCGCUCACGCUGCGCGCGCAGCAACGCAGCCUCGACACCGAGCUGCUGUGUAACGAGUACCUACACUUAUUAGCACACGGGGCAGGCUACGCGCCGCUGCAGGGCGUGAGCGCGGGCGCGUGGGCGCGCGUCACGAGCGCGCCGCCGCCGCUCACGCUGCGCGCGCAGCAACGCAGUCUCGACACCGAGCUGCUGUGUAACGAGGUUUGCGGGCGGCUGUGCAAGCUGAACGGCAAGAAAUUCAUCUACUGCUUCGAUUGGGGCUGCCACGUCAUCGACGUUUGUCAGAGCAGCGGCUGCUUAUCGGGGUUGUGUGCAAUGUGGCUCUGGGCGAGCGAUGACACGGGCGCGUGCGAGCCGUGCCGCGCCAUCAGCGCCGGCUGCCCCGCGCACCGUCUGCAGUACGCCGCCGAGUGCCUCUUUGUCUGGGAUUUGGUGAGCGGUGUCUACAGGACCGAAAAAGUUACAAUGACUGAAGACGCGAGCCAGGAAGGCUCCAGAGUUUCCGGUGCAGACCGGGCGCGCGAGCUUGCGAAAAAGCUAGGACCAAUCAAUAUGCCGUCCGGCUGUGAAACUAGGCUGCUUACAACUCUUACAGGGCGAUCACUAAAGAGACUGACAGACGUGGACAAUUGCAUCGAGAUCACCAAGAACCAUCCAGACAGUUCCGAAUCCGAAUCGGAACCUGAAGAGGAAGAUUCCGACUAAGCGUCUGUAAGUUCCGACUAGGGUGUUUACUGUGCUCUGCCUACCUAUUCCCAAAACACUAACUUCGAGAUCACCAGAACCAUCCGGACAGUUCCGAA